ACCCGACUCCGUUCCAGUUCCGCUUCACCACCACCACCACCACCUCUCGCCGCCGCCUACAGAUGGCAGCCAAAAUCGGCCCAUCUCUGUUCUCUUUGUUCCUAUUUUUCCUCCUCCUUAUCCUCUCCUUCUCCUCCACUGCGCGGUCCCAGUCGCCGUCGACCAACGAGCGGCGGCUCCUCCUCCGCAUCCAGCAGGACUGGGCUGACCCCGUCCUUGACUCCACCUGGAACACCUCCUCCUGGCCCGGCGUCGACUUCUCCGCCGACGGCUUCGUCAUCAACAUUUCCCUCUCCAACAACUACGACCCUAGGCUCUCCCGCCCUAUCCCUGCCUCCCUCUGCUUCCUCCGUAAUCUCACCCACCUCGACCUCAGCUACAACAACAUCCCUGGUGAGUUCCCCGUCGCCCUAUACAACUGCUCCUCCCUCAGCUACCUCGACCUCUCCCAGAACCGCUUCGUUGGCGUCGUCCCCGCCGACGUCGACCGCCUCUCCCCUCUGCUCACCCACCUCGACCUCUCUUCCAACAACUUCUCAGGCGACGUCCCGCCAUCCAUCGGCCGGUUCCCGGCGCUUCGCUCGCUGAUCCUCAACAGCAACCUCUUCAACGGAAGCUUCCCCAAAGAAAUCGGCAAUCUCUCCAAUCUCGAAACCCUCUCCCUGGCCUACAAUCCCUUCGCUCCGAUUAGGGUUCCGGCGGAUUUCGGCAACCUGACGAAGCUCACAUUCCUCUGGAUGACGAGCACCAACAUCGUCGGAGAGAUCCCGAUCUCGCUCUCCAAUCUAACCGGGUUGGCUCUAUUGGACUUGUCGAUGAACUCGCUCACCGGCCAAAUCCCUAGCGGAAUGUGGAGGAUUCCCAAGCUGGAGUAUUUAUAUUUGUAUAUUAACAAUUUAUCCGGACCAAUCGUCAUCGACGGAUCGAUCGCCCCGGGCCUUAACGAGAUCGAUGUGUCCAUGAACAAAAUCAAUGGUUCUAUCCCUGAAGAAUUCGGGAACUUGCAGUACCUCUCUGCUCUCUUCUUGUACUACAACCAAUUGUCCGGCCAGAUACCGGCCAGCAUAGGCCGCCUCCCGUCUUUGACAGAUCUCCGUCUCUUUGGCAACUCGUUGACCGGCGUCCUGCCUCCGGAAUUGGGGAAGCACUCGCCGCUGUGGAACUUCGAGGUCUGGGACAACAGGAUAUCCGGCGAAAUCCCUGAAGGGCUGUGCAACGGCGGCGAGUUGAACUCCAUCGUGCUCUUCAAUAACAAUAUGAGCGGGCGGAUCUCGUCGUCAAUCAGCAAAUGCUCCAAGCUCAAUAAUAUCCAGUUGUAUGGAAAUCACUUCACCGGCGAUGUUCCAGCCGGGCUGUGGUCGGCGGUGAAUCUGACGAUUGUGAUCCUGCGGGAUAACUCUUUCUCUGGCGGAAUCCCGAGUUCGCUCCCAUGGAACCUGACGAGGUUGGACAUCAGCAACAACCGGUUCAGCGGCCAGAUCCCGAGCUCUGCCUACAACCUCUUGGUGUUCAACGCGAGGAACAACGCCUUCUCUGGCCACCUCCCGACGAGCAUGGCUGGGCUUCCGAGGCUCCAAACGCUCGCCCUCGGUGGCAACGCAAUCGGUGGAAGAAUCCCGGCAGAUGUAUCGGUGCUGAGAUAUCUCACGGGACUCGAUCUCAGCCGCAAUCAGCUCAGUGGCGAGAUCCCGUCGUCGAUUGGGGAUCUUGUAGUGCUCAAUUCACUCGAUCUGUCCGUGAACCAGCUCACCGGUUCGAUCCCCUCGGCGAUGGGCGUCCUCAGGUUCUCCUUCCUGAACCUCUCCUCCAACAGCUUCACCGGCGAAAUCCCGGCGGCGCUACAGAGUGGGGCGUACGACCGCAGCUUCCUCGCGAACCCCGGGCUCUGCGCCGCCAGUGGCGGCGUUCUUCUCAACGUGCCCGCCUGUCACCGCGGCGGCAGCGGUUCCAGCGGACUCGCCUACCGCCUCCGCAUCCUGUUCUUUAUCCUGGGAGCGGCCGUGUUACUGAUGGUGACGGCCUUCGCAGCCUUCGUCUAUCGGGACCAGAAGAAGCGUAGGAGAUCUCCCGGAGGCUACGACGAUGACCUCUCUCGUUGGAAGCUGACCUCGUUCCAGGCGGUGGACUUCACCGAAUCCUGCAUCCUCCGUGGCAUUAAGGAGGAGAACGCGAUCGGCAGUGGAGGCGCCGGGCAGGUCUACAAAGUCGCCCUGGGUAACCGCGCUGGCGAGGUCGUGGCGGUGAAGAAAAUCUGGAACACCAAGAGGCUGAGCAACAAUCUCGAAAAGAGCUUCCUGGCCGAGGUGGAGAUUCUCGGCUCCAUUCGCCACAAGAACAUCGUCAGUCUCCUCUGCUGCAUCUCCAGCGCUGACUCGAAGCUGCUCGUCUACGAGUUCAUGGAGAACCAGAGCCUCGACAAGUGGCUACACGGAAACCGGGGGCCCCUAGACUGGCCGCGACGGCUCGAUAUCGCCAUCGGAGCUGCUCGAGGACUCAGCUACAUGCACCACCAAUGCUCGCCGCCAGUCACCCACCGCGACAUCAAGUCGAGCAACAUACUUCUCGAUCCCGACUUCGACGCCCGGAUCGCCGACUUCGGGCUCGCUCGGCUGCUGGUUAAUCCCGGCGAGCCGGACACGGUCUCUGUCAUCGCCGGCUCCAUCGGCUACAUGGCCCCUGAAUGUGGUUACUCGAGGCGAUUGAACGAGAAAGUGGACGUGUUCAGCUUCGGCGUUGUUCUUCUUGAGCUGACGACCGGAAGAGAAGCGAGCAACGACGGCACGGAGUGCAACUUAGCGGAGUGGGCGUGGAUGCAGUUCCAAGAAGGCAGGAAUCUGAGCGAGGUCGUUGACCCGACCAUGGGAGACGACUCGCCGUACACGGAGGACGUCACGACCGUCUUCAAGCUGGGUCUCCUCUGCACCGAUACUUUGCCUUCGAGGCGUCCCUCCAUGAAGGAGGUCUUGCAGAUGUUGCUAGAGUGCAACCGGCCGUGGGCCGCCGGAGGAAAGGCUGACCGCAUUCGGGCGCCGCACCUCUUGUCGCAGAUCAAGUCCGGUAGUCAACUCAAGGAGUCAACCAUUGUUGACGAAGUGGACGAUGCCACGAUUUCCAUCAACGUUUGGGGCGAAGAGGAAGAGAGAUUGCAACCGCUUUUUAUCCCUAGGCUUUUAUUACAAGCUGCAGAGUAGAUUAAAGGAGCUCUAGAAAUGGUGACAGGAGCAAGUAUUUAAGGUUUAGGGUUUCAGUCCCAGAACCUAUUAUUUCUUCGGUUCAAGUCCGAGUUCAAGAGGUGAGAUCCAGUAUGAGUAAUCAUGGUUGAAUAUCUCCGGCCGGUUGGAUACUAGUCGGUUCAACUUCUUUCAGGUUAGACACUUCGAGUCAGGUUUUAAUCAACCAAUUGCCUUUAGGUCGGACUUUAAUAGAUCGACUGCCUUCAUGUCAACACUCUGAGAUGCCGAGUAGAGAGGGAAGCUUCCAUAAAAGGUCUAUGAAGACUCAAACAAACUGUUAGGUGGACCGUCGAGUCAGGACUUGAUUCGGCCAUUCCGAUACUAAGUCAGACAUUAGAGAAAAAGUGGAGUAGUAAAUUAUGAGAUUGCUUAUGUUGAUG